AGCAGGGAGGCGGUGCUGGUCAGGUGCUCUGCUCCAAGGUUGCGUGCAGGUGUGCGGCUGCGGGUCCAAGAAGUGCCCUUCGCUCCCGACACCUCACGGCUAUUGCCCUGGGUCUGCCGGAGGGAGCCUUCUCCAGAUCUCCCCUCCCAUUGCCCCAAUCCAAUGCGGACUGACCCACCCGGUCGCUACGAAGAUUUACAAGGCUGUCUGUGGGGGAAGGAUUGCAGUGGAGGAGGAAUUGGAAAACAGCCCAGUGAAUUCUGGACCCAGAGAUCAUCUUACAUUGAACUGAUCAAGUACUUUGAAUAUGACUUCAAAACUCCUCUUGGAGGCCUUCAUACUUGCUGCAUUAACACUUUCAAUUACAUUUUCUCUUUCACCAGACCAGCAAAAGGUUCUACUAGUUUCAUUUGAUGGAUUCCGUUGGGAUUACUUAUAUAGAGUUCCGACACCCCAUUUUCAUUAUAUUAUGAAAUAUGGUGUUCAUGUGAAGCAAGUUACUAAUAUUUUUAUUACGAAGACCUACCCUAACCAUUAUACUUUGGUAACUGGCCUCUUUGCAGAGAAUCAUGGGAUUGUUGCAAAUGACAUGUUCGAUCCUAUUCUGAACAAAUCUUUCUCCUUGGAUAACAUGAAUAUUUAUGAUUCUGAGUUUUGGGAAGAAGCAACUCCAAUAUGGGUCACAAAUCAGAGGGCAGGACAUACUAGUGGUGCAGCCAUGUGGCCUGGAACAGAUGUAAAAAUACAUGAGAGCUUUCCUACUCACUACAUGCUUUACAACGAGUCAGUUUCAUUUGAAGAUAGAGUUGCCAAAAUUAUUGAAUGGUUUACAUCAAAAGAGCCCAUAAAUCUUGGUCUUCUCUAUUGGGAAGAUCCUGAUGACAUGGGCCACCAUUUGGGACCUGACAGUCCACUCAUGGGACCUGUCAUUUCAGAUAUUGACAACAAGUUAGGAUACCUUAUACAAAUGCUGAAAAACGCCAAGUUAUGGAACACUCUCAACCUAGUUAUCACAAGUGACCACGGAAUGACCCAGUGUUCUGAGGAAAGAGUAAUAGAACUUGACCAAUAUCUGGAUAAAGACCACUAUAUCCUGAUUGACCAAUCUCCAGUAGCAGCCAUCUUGCCAAAAGAAGGUAAAUUUGAUGAAGUCUAUGAAGCACUAGCUCAUGCUCAUCCUAAUCUUACUGUUUACAAAAAAGAAGAGAUUCCAGAAAGAUGGCACUACAAAUAUAAUAAUAGAAUUCAACCAAUCAUAGUAGUGGCUGACGAAGGGUGGUAUAUUUUACAGAAUAAGUCAGAUGACUUUUUGUUAGGCAACCACGGUUAUGACAAUGCAUUAGCAGAAAUGCAUCCAAUAUUUUUAGCCCACGGUCCUGCCUUCAAAAAGAAUUUUACAAAAGAAGCCAUGAACUCCACAGAUCUUUAUCCACUGCUCUGCCACCUCCUCAAUAUCACUUCCAUGCCACAUAACGGAUCACUGAAGAAUGUCCAGGAUCUUCUCAGUUCAGCAGCUCCAAGACCAAUUCCUUACACACAGAGUCCUACGCUCCUCCAUGGUAGUGUCAAACCAAGAAAAUAUGAGCAAGAGGAGUCGUAUGCUUAUUUCAUAGGGAUCUCUCUUGGUAGCAUUAUAGUUAUUGUAUUUUUUAUAGUUUUCAUUAAACAUUUAAUUUGCAGUCAAAUACCUGCCUUACCAGAUAUGCAGGCUGAAAUAGCUCAACCAUUAUUACAAGCCUAAUGCUACUCUGAAGUGGAGAUGGCCUAAUUAUGGCAGUGCUUAAAGGUUUCAAUUUCUAGGAAACCACUUUCAGACAUUUGCACAGACCAAUGAGCAGUUACAUGCAUAUACAGACACAGCCUGCCCCUCUCUUUCUCUCUCUCUCUCUCUCUCACACACACACACACACACACACACACUUGCACACACACACAAACACAUACACACAAACACACACUCACACAGGAAUACACACAAAUGCACCAAAAUACAUAUAUCUGCAAAUAAUUAAAAAUGUGGAAUUAUGUUUCCAUUUUCCUUUCUGGUCCAGGGGUAGAUAAGAUCCUGCUUUAUUUGUACUUGGCACAUAUAAUGUAUAUAUUUAGUAACUUUGCACUAUUUAAAGUAUAUAUUGCACUUUAAAUUACUCUCCUAAUGGGUACUUUUAUGUGAAAUGCACUUUAUUGACAACUAUCCUAUAACUUGAUUGAAAAAGACAACUAUUUGCACCCAUGUCACAGAAUACUUGUUAUUUGUCAUUCAAACCGAAUGAAAUUCUAAUAAUUCCUGAUUAAUAUAGAAAUCUAUCUCUUUAAAGUGGGAGAGCAAGAAAAAGUGAAAACUGUUGAAAAUUAAAUUUGUACAUUAAAUUUUGGAGAGACGCAUUCCUAACAGCAGGACGAAUCUAUGGGCAUUCCUUGUCAUAUUUCUUUCCAAAGGACAUGGGUUUUCAUUUUAUUUUCCCCAAAAGAUUCAAUUACUGACACAUUUAUUCUAAAUAUAUUGUUUCUGUCAUAAAAUCAUGCGGCUGUAUUUCCUGAUUGGUCAUUUUACUCUAAUUUUUAUAACACCAUAAAUAUACAUUUCCCUCUGUAGUCCAGCAGUGGCCUGGAUAUUAGAGAUAAGACAUGAUCUCAGCAAUGUUUUCUCUUGUUCUAUAAUUAUUUGCUUCUUUGAAAACUAAAUCACUAUUAAUCACAUUAAAAGUUAAAUUAGGUAAAAACAAUGUUUGUUUUCUUUCUGGUAACUCAUAGUAACAGAGCACAAGCAUCUUUUAGAUACAAAUAUUUGAAGAUCCAGACUUGCAAGAGAGCAUAAACUCAAAGUGUAGGCCACUCAAUCCUUGUAGAGCUUGGGGGAAAAAUUAGGCCCAUAGUACACAGUGUACCCAGAACAGUGCUGAAGGGUGCAUAAUAGCAAAAACUAGCAAAAUAACUCCUAGAAGUAACAGGUGUUGAAAUAAGAAGAGCUGAGAUUGUAGCUUUGUUUAAUGAAAUAUUGGAACACCUGCUCCCCAGGUGCUCAGUGGAAUCAAAGAUGAAUCCAAGUUCACAAAUAGUCUUUUCCUUCUCGGUAGUUUUUCACCUGCCUGGUCAUUUCAGCUCCUCUCAUUCCAACCUAGAGGACCUUUUAAGUAGCCGGGUUGGAGAGAGGGAGAUGUUACCUACGGUUUCUUAGAAGAAAGAAGAAGCCUCAGAAAGAACAGUUUUCUUUGAGGAAAGUAGAAGCCAGUUUAUAGACACAUGGCCCAUAGAAAGUACUGUGAUUUCAUGUAUAUUUAUAUAUCAACUGACUAAUUGGAAAAGUGGAAAAGGCAUUUCAGAAAGAAAGGAUAACUUAGAUUUAAAGAAUAAAAAUGGCAUGGUUAAAAAUACAAUUGAAUGUAAGUGCUUCCUAAAAUGAGGUGGCUUAAUUAUUUUUAAAAUGAUACCAGUAAAAAAUGUUAGCACCUCAUUCUCAUUUUAUGAUAUAACCUCUUAAUAGGAUAGAAUGGAAUCACUGAAAAUAAACUAUGGAUUCAAAAGCUGAGAAGUUAGAUGGUAGGUAGCAAACUCCUCAAGAAAUCUGAACUCUAGAUUAGACAUUCUAGAAUAUGACCAGUCACAUUGGCUUGCUUUGUAGCUAUGAACUUACCUGUGUGAUUGAGAUGCCAAUAUAACAACUAAAAGAUAAAAUUUGUCUACUUAAAAGCAUUACUAUUCAAGUGCUAUCUGUACAUUUAAAUUAAUUGUUUCAUUAAAUUCAUUUCAGAAGGUGCUAUUACCUUAGAUGAAAGUAAAUUCUGUAACUUUGGUGAAAUCAUUAAAAUUCUGAUAGUAAGCUUUUAUUAUUGAAUGGUUUCUUCUAUUUACAGAAACUUAUUUUCCUGUAAAUAUCAGCAGGAGAGUUUACCUGAAGGAAAAUAAAAUUUUAAACUUUGCUGUGAAAA